AUGCUAUCUUUGGACAGUCUUACAAUUUAUAACAGUUCGUUGCGGAAUCAAGGAAACUAUUCGUGUUUUUGUAAUGACAAUGUUUCUUUGUAUUGGACACUUUUUGUUCUCGACAUUCCCAUCCCUCCCAGUUCUAUAAGGUUAACUGCCGAUAAUGAAUCCUCCAUUUCCAUACAUUGGCGAGAUAAAGCACCAGUGCCAAAUUCAACUAUUUACGAGAUUCGAGUUUUUGGGUCACGGAAUGAGACUUUUAACGUAUCAGCGAUUGAGCGAACCUUUACAAUUGAUGGAUUAGAUCCCUUCUCGAAGUAUUUUGUCUCUCUCACACCUUACGACCAACUUGGUAAGGGUAUUGAAACGUGGAGUGAAAUAAUUUGCACUGAUCCUGGCAUCCCUACUGCUACUCCAAUUUUUACUCUCGACUCUUUCACCAAUACCUCUGUGUCUUUGAACUUUUCUGUUGGUGAAAUUUCCCCCAUUCCAGAUGGCCCCUUUACUUGUCCUGGAGCCUUUUCACCCAGGGGACAUCUCAAUGGUCCAUUUAGAGGAUAUCUAUUAACUCUAGAGGCCCUUUCUUUCAAGAGUACCAUUAACUUGACAAUGGACAAUCAAACGGAGUCAUAUACAGUAGAUCGACUGUUGCCCUAUACUCUCUAUCGAGCAAACCUGUCUCUCUCCAAUGGACGAAAUUUCGGACCUCCUAAAACCCUCAAUUUCACGACUUUAGAGGGUGUUCCUGAACCACCCUCUUUGCAAGUUGAAUCACGUUCGACGAAUUCUCUUCGAGUCAGUUUUACCUCUUCAAAUAACAGAGGCAUCGUUCUAGGAUAUUACCUCAAGUGGACAGAGUGUAGCAACUCUUCGACGGUGAAUUCAGCAGAAACAAAGGAUUCCUACCUUGAUAUCACGGGACUUCGAAGUGCCACCUGUUAUCGAUUAGCUGCGGCUGCUAGGACUUCAGUCGGAAUGGGGAGUCUGAGUCCACUUACUGAAGGAUUUACUACUUGUUCUGCCUUCUCUGCGCCCGUCCUCUCAGACAUAUCAGACACUUCGGUAGGAAUUAAAGUCUCUUGGAUAUUCAACGAUCCUCCAGCCUCUCCCGAUGGAAUUCAUUGGUUUCGCCCUUGCAUGAAGUCAUCAGCCGGAAUUUGCGAAGAUGUGUCCUUUAAUUCCACCUUCCAGCAAGGCGGUGUCUUUUCUCACACCUUCUCCUUCUCAGAUGUGAAGCGUCUAUGGGACCAUGAGGUUAUCCGCAAUUUUACAGUUCAGACAAUAUGUCUCCCACGGGAUUGCAAAAUCGAUUGGCCUUGUGUGGAAGUUAGCAACCUGUCGAAUAUUAUUCAAAUAGACCUCGGGCGUCUGGACGAGAUGAGUUCCCAUCCUACUCGCUUUGGGGAACUGAGUGAUAAGGCAAUCGGAAGCAUAAUUGGCGCUGUUUUUGUCAUCUUUCUCAUGAUCUGUUGUGUCUGCAUCUUCGUAUUUCUCUACUGUCGCUCCUCGCGAGUCUACAAGCGUCGUGGAUUGGGCGUUGGGGGUGCUAUUGGCGACGACUUUGGACUCGGUGGUGGAAGCGGUGGGUUGGAUCGUCUGGACGAUGUCCGCACCCCUUUAGUCACGCCGAAGAUGCGACGCUUUGAGGAUAGUCCAAGCAAACCCAUUCCGGCAGAGAAGCUGGCCGAGCAUGUCGCCAGUUACCAUGUGGACGAUGAUGCCGGAUAUCAGGCAGAGUUUGAUGCUAUCGAGCAGAGCGUACGGACAAGUUGGUCAACAUCGGUGGCUCGUCAACCGGACAAUAUGGCUAAAAAUCGCUAUACCAACGUCUUUGCCUAUGAUCACACGCGUGUAAUCCUGAAGAAUGGGCGGAAAUCGGAUUAUAUCAACGCCAAUUACGUUGAUCAUCGCCACCACGGACGACAUGUUGUUGAGUCAUCCCCUCUUUCCCCUAAAUUGUCUAGUCAAGGAAAAAUGCAAACUCCCAUUUUAAUUUUGCAGGGAUUCUGCCGUCCACGAGCUUUCAUAGCAGCUCAAGGCCCGAAGGAUAUUACAUUCGAUGACUUCUGGCAAAUGGUUUGGGACGAGAACUCCAAUAUCAUCGUCAUGAUCUCCAACUUUGUCGAACGUGGUCGGCGCAAAUGUGACCAGUAUUGGCCUUCGAGUGGUCCACAGACCUACGGAAACAUCAGCGUACAGAUGCUCUCGGAGAAUUACCUCGCCUGUUACGUAGCGCGUGUCUUUCUUGUCAAGAACGUCAAGUGCAAAAAGGUGCGUGUUCACCCCCCACCCCCUCCCUCGUUAUUAUGGGUGGUCGGUCGAUUGCUUGUGAUACAUGAUCAUAGGUUCGCUGGUCCUCCCAUUGCCCGGACUCCCUCCUUUCGCACAUUCCAGACAGAGGUGAUUAUGCCACUCCUUCUUUGA